AGAGAGUUGCAGGCUUGAGGUGUUACUGUUCUUAUUCAUCACCACCUGGCAAAUCACAAGAGCUCCAUACAUCCAGGUGGUGGAUUCUCCUCUAUUUCAACAAACCACUCUUAUUAGAUUUUAAUUUCAUAAAAAAAUCCAUAUCCAAAUCCCGAGAUUUUCGAUCCCCACCCACAGGCCACCACCCUACUCCUCCAACCGGAAUUUCUCUGCACUCUACCGAUCAAGCCUCAAACUUUUAACAAAAGUAAAAGAAAAACUGAAGAUUUCUGUUUCCUGCUGCACGUUUAUUGGGAGUUGGAGGUGGGUUAUCUUAAAGAUUGGAUUUUGGGAGGAUUCCACGCUAAGAUUCUUCAUCUUCUCCCCAAUUUUUUUCAACUGGGGUUAAUUUUCUAUUUUACUGACCAUUUCAUUGGGAUCAUUUGAAAAAAGAAGAAAAAAGUCCAAUCUUGAAUUUGGAAAAGUGAGAAUGGUGGGUGGAAAUCUGUUUCAUUAUAGAAAGAAUUCAUGGCCGCCGGAAGAAUACAUUAAUCGAUCAACUUUGCAGUUGUUUGAUGUUGAUGGUUCUGCCCCUCCCGAGCACGCAUUGAGGAGAAAAUUGAAUAGCCAUGCCAGCAUUCUUAAAGAAUUCAGCAUCACAUUUAGAGAAGCCAUACAAAUGAUUCGACUUGGAAUACGACUAUGGCAUUACGUACGGGAAGAAGCAUCCCAUGGAAGAAAAGCACCCAUAGAUCCUUUUACUCGAGAACAUUGCAAACCCUCAGCAUCACAAGGUGUUCCUCUAGGUGGGAUGGGGAGCGGUAGCAUAUCUAGAGGCUUCAGGGGGAAUUCAGGCAUUUUCAAAUACUUCCUGGUACAUGCGAGACUGCACCGGUGAUGGCCAAUCAAUUCUCUAUCUUCAUAUCUCGUGAUGGAGGAAACAAGAAGUAUUCAUCGGUUUUAUCUCCCGGCCGACAUGAGGGCUUAGGAAAGCCAAGUGAUCAAGGUAUAUCAUCAUGGGGUUGGAAUUUAAAUGGUCAGCAUUCUACAUAUCAUGCUCUAUUCCCAGGG